AUGAAUUUCAUUAAUACUCAAAUACAUUUCAUUCUAUUUUUCCUAACUUUUAUUCUUUCAAAAGGAUAUGUACUAAAUUCAGACAAAGAAUUAUCUCUUUCAAAAAGAUCUUACAAAAAUAAUGAAGUUCCAAAAUUUGUUGCUGAUAUAAUUUCAGAAAAUCGUGAAAAAAGACAGGUACAAAUUUUUAAAAAAGAUUCACAACAAGUUAAAAAUCUUAAAAAAAGAAUUAACCAAUUGUUAAAAGAAAGAGAAGAAAAUUUUUUAAAAAGAAAAAAGCAAAGAGAACGAGAAUUAAAAAAUAGAAGAGAAAGAGAAUUAAAAUUAAGAAAACAACGGCAAGAAAGAAGACAAAAAGAAUUGAGAAAUAGAAGAAUUAACGAAGAAAAAAGACGACAGGAACGAGAAAGAAGAAGAAGAAGCACAACACAAACUACUAGAACGGUAACAACCACAGUUACAACCACACCAACUGUAGCUACCACAACAACUGCUUCAACAACUGUUGUACCUUGA